AUGCCCGCCGCAAAGAAGCAUGUCCCUAUCGUCAAGAAGCACCCCAGCUGGAGAAAGCCCAAGGGUAUUGACAAUGCCAUGCGCCGUCGCUUCAAGGGCCAGGCCGUCAUGCCCAAGAUUGGUUACGGUUCCAACAAGAAGACCCGCCACAUGAUGCCCUCCGGCCACAAGGCUUUCCUCGUCAACAACGUCCGCGAGCUCGACCUUCUCCUCAUGCACAACCGCACCUACGCCGCUGAGUACGCCACCCUCCUUUCCACCGAGCAACAGAGCCUUUGCUCUCCACAACAAGCAACAACAGUUCUAACAUGCACACUUACAGGANUCUCCCACGCCGUCUCCGCCCGCAAGCGCAUCGACAUUGUCGCCCGCGCCAAGCAGCUCGGUGUCAAGGUCACCAACGCCAAGGCCAAGAUCACCACUGAGUCAUAA